GCUCUAAGCCACACCGUUGAACGAACAAGAGAGAGUAAUCUUCCCGCUCCAGCUGGGUUGAUGGCGGGGCAUCAAGGGUCUCUCCGAGAUCUGGCUGGGUUUCUGCCGUGUCUGGUCCCAGAUCUAUGACAAACACGAUCAUCAAAUCCUUCGAGCUCAAAUUUUCUUCUGCUGUCUAGCUCCUAUCUUUUCUGACACCGGUUGCAGUGAAUCUGCAGAUAAGACCUUUCCCCUCCUGCAUGCACCUCCUCUUCCUCUGCAGCUUGUCAUUUCGCUAGCUCUUUUUCUACCAUCUCUGCAGAUCCCCACAGCCAUGGCUGCGAGAAUGAGGCUGGGCACGCAUGUCCUGCUUGUUCUGGGACUGCUGCUCGUUGUCCUUCCAACCAAGACGUGGGCCUUUGGCGCUGGAAACAUCGCUUCUAUUUCGGCCGUUGAGGGCAAAAACUGGCGCCAUGGAGAUAUUGAGGAUAUGCUUAAGACCGUCGCAUUCAUCAAAGGCCAUAAAUGGACAUCCACAAUGAUCAAGCGCGUGUAUUUUGGCAACUGGUUGCGGGAUUACUCACAGGCUAUGGACGUCGGUACGCUAAAGAGUCUCCCUACUGAGACUAUUCGAAUUUUGGUCUGGAUUUUGUCCUUCAUGACUUUUGGCUAUGCGACAGCGGAGUUUGAGGUCACUUCGGACAGGUUGGGGGUUUAUCGUCCGGAGGAACAUAUCGAUAACCCCAAAGACUACGCAGAUAACCAGGACGCUCGCCAGUACGAUGAACGACUUCGUGGUCCGAUUCGCCAGGUCGAGCUUGACAUCGAUCCGGAGACGGGAAUGAAGAACUACAUUGCCAAUGAGCAGGGAGGUUGGGCUACGAGUGCUGCGUACAUCAAGUAUAGCUUGGCUCGCAGUAUCCACUACGGACGGACAUACACGCACGGAAGCCGAAAAGGAAACGACGAGGACCUUUGUGAAGCUCUCCGAUGCCUGGGCCAGGGCCUCCAUACUCUGGAAGAUUUCGCGGCGCACACGAACUACUGCGAGCUUGCACUUCGUGAGAUGGGCUUCAGGAACGUCUUCCCGCAUACCGGUGUGAACACUCAGAUGAAUGUUCGUGGCCAUCAGGUGUUUCCGCUUGUGACUGGAACGUUUGGUAUGGUUGACUUCUUCCAUUCUGUGCUCGGAGAAGCCACCGACCAUUUCACCCAGUCGGAAGUCAACGAGAUGGAUAUUGCACUCGGGGAUGCUGAGGCAAACUCGUCUAGUGGCUCUCUCGGAGCUUUCACUAGUCUUCUGGGUAAUAUUCCCGGGACCAAGGAUCUCGUUGCAGAGGCAGAGGAGCUCAAGCGCUGCUCCGAGGCUCAGGAGUCUGCAAACCGUGCUGGCGGUUCUCGCUCUGGCUACACAACGCGCGGUACAGCCAGGGAGGUUGACGACUACAGCUCAUCCCGCAGUCGAGGCUUUGAGGACGAUUUCCCAACCUCAUCCCGCAGUCGAGGCUUUGGGGAUGAUGUCCGAAGCUUCCGGGCAAAUGAAAACGAAAGACCUGCAGGGAGCGCCCAGUCCGGGUCUGGCUUACAGGACCUGGAUCCAAGCAAGACCAUUGCGCAGAUUUAUCCUAUCCUUGAAUUCAGAGACAAGGUUGUCCGGAAACUUUCGUCGAUCAUUGAAAAGAUCCCCGGUUUGGAGGCGAUCGUUGAGAAGAUCACCGAGACCCUAACCGUCUUCAUCAUGUCCCUGCUGGCUCCGUUCAUUCGGCCCAUCAUCAACGCCGCUUCCAAGUCUUUGCAGUCGGGGUCUUCCGGUGUGAUCGAUGCCUCUGGACAGCAUCAGUACGAACCAUGGACUGACCCGGAUUGCACGGAUCCCACCCAUUCACUGCUUUCCAAGGACCACUUCUCCAACAUUCUCAACGAGCCAGCUGGACAGGUGGCGUCUGCUAUUCUGAAGUACGUAGCACCUCGGGUUCUGCAUGCUUGGGAAAACAUCAACGUCUCCGAGGAGCAAGUUCUGGAUGACUGCUUGAAGGUUUUCCACCAUCCGGCUCUGCGCAAUAUGAGGAACGAAGCCCAUCGAACAAUGUUCGAGGCCGUCGAGUCCUGGGUGCACUCUAGGCCCGGUCGAGGCGCUGACCUCGACGAUGUCCUCAGCGCGGAGGGAGUGAGACAGGGCAAGAACAGCUCUGGAGAGGGCGGUCAUUCACAUGCACACGGUGGUGGACAUAGUCACGGAUCUCAUCAGCAGCGUCCACCCCAGUCGCAGCAGCCGCAGGGCUCCUCCCUUCCCUGGGACAAGCUCUCCAGCCUUCCCAUCCCCGGAAUUUCUAAUUUGAACAAGCUGAACAGCGCUUUUGGCAAUCUGAUGGUGGGUGGGUCGUCUAGGGAUGAGGCCUCAACGUCUGAGAACCCAUCACAGUAUGAGUCUUACCAGCAGACUCAAUAUACUCAGCAGCAGUCUUCCCAUCAGGAGCAUGGCUAUCAGUAUCAAUACCAGAGUCAUAGUCAGAGUCACACCCAGGAGCAAUCAUAUCACCAUCCACCUCCCCCUGACUUUGCAGACUCUGGUUAUGAUGCACACAAUGGAAGUCAUCGGAGGCACCAUGGAGACCAUCCCCAUCAACAUUACCCACCACCACCUGGCGGCAGCCCUCCUCGGCGUCCAUCUGGAGGGUAUGAAGAGCAGUCUUACAGUUCCUACUCGAGUCAUGGACACGGAAGCGGAUACGGACAGAACUAUGGUGGAGGAUAUUAUUGAUUCAUCGCUAGCGAUGUCGGGCUUAUGACUACAGGUUGAUUCAUGCUCUAUGUCCUUUGUAUUUUCUUCCUACAGAAUUAGUGACAGCACGUCUGCCCUCCAAGUUCAAACUGCGUCGACUUUCAGUGAGAAUGACCACUACCUAGUUCCUACAGUGUUUUAAUGCUCUCUUCGACUCGGCGAGUGAAAGUUAAUUUCUCAAUAAUAUUGCCUCCACCUGAACCGCCCCACGGUCAAAGG